AUGGCCUCGACCAAUCACAUCAUCACCUGGCCCAUGAAGCGCCUACCGCCCAAUAACAAAUUGGCUAAUAGUGCCAAGAAGGCGGCAAGCGACAUCAUUGGCCAGGGUAGCCGCCAGCCUGGGGGUCAACCGCCAUCCCAAGAACAACUGCCGGACAAUACGCGGUUUCUGGAUCAAUAUCAAACUCAGACAUUGAGCCCGAACCAGCGGCAACAGCAUUGCAAACAGCCCGGCGGACAAGCGCCCGAUUCGCAAAAGCAAUUUACGCCUGCAUCAGAGCGUCAGGCUAAGAAACCCCGUCCGCAUAGUCAGAGACAGGGGGCAGCCCGUGGAACACGCAGCGCUGCAAGUCAGGAGAUUGUGUCCGCUUUUGAGUGGGAGGCGCUGAAACUUGAAAAGGAGCCGCAGCCUCCAACCCUCGUUGCAAGCGCCGGAAACGGCAAAAAGGCGAGACGGUCAACGGCCAAGGCCAUGUCACGGAAUCGUCCCCGAGGGCCCCCAUUGCUUCGGGAUAAUGGGCUGGCGGCGAAUGAGGAAACUGACAUGUGGAACAAGAUUCUGCAGGAUUUGAGAAAGUCCAAAGAGAAAAAUGAUAAGCAAAGAUCUCUGGCAGAACAGAUUGCGGCUCUUAAUGAAAGGAUGGGCAAAGAGAUAGGCAAGACCACUCUCAAUGACCAUGACGAACUGGACAAUCUGCUUCGACAGAUGGCCAAACUAUGUGAAGAAGAGAGAGCAAUUCUGCUAGACGAACCCAGUGACGUGGUCAAAAACUUGGGACUUCUCACUGCCCUACGCCAGGCCUCGGAGGCGGAGGCACCGCUCAACCGGGCCGUAUCUCUUUCCAAGUCGCGCAAGAAGCGAAAUGAACUGGACGGGUCAUCUACAGAAUCUCCCGGGCCCACCGGUCCGUCUGUGUCGGACAAGGCCAGCCGCAUCAAGGGCGCUGUUCCACGUAGCGGUAGCGUAUCCAGUACUCAGACCCGCGAUAAUCGUGAAGUCCGAGACAAUGUGGCUGUUAAGAUUGAAGAAGGGACAGAAAGCACCAAGGGCACCAUUGCAGAACGUAGUGGUCACUUAGUGAUUGGUGCUGAAGUUGUUUUUAAGCAUAACAAAAACAAGCAAGGUGUCGAAGGAGAAGGGAUACAAUGCAUCAUCAAGAAUAUCGCUGGUGAAGGACACAAGAAAAGGUAUGAUGUUCAGGACCCCGAACCGAACGAGAAUGGCGAACAAGGCGCUGUCUAUAAAACAACAGCAGCCUCUCUAAUUCCAAUCCCACAUAUCGGAUCCGCCUUGCCUCCAUUUUCGCCAGGGAAGCAAGUAUUGGCCCGAUAUCCCGAUACGACUACGUUUUACCGCGCGGAAGUCACGGGAUCGAGGAAAGAUGUCUAUCGUCUCAAGUUUGAGGGUGAGGAAGAUGACAAGGAGAUGGAAGUGGACAAACGCUUUGUCCUAGAGAUUCCUGGGAAGUGA